GAAGAGGAGGAAGAGGAGGAAGAGGAGGAAGAAGAGCAGGAGAAAAAAGUGGUGAAAAAGGGCAAGAGUGGUACCAUCUCGGCGGGGCGUAAAAGACGUGCACCUAGUGUGAAGGGAGGAAGGCCUACGCCAGUUGCUCCUGAAGCAAAGGCCGAUGAGGUCGCGGAGCCGCGCCGCCGAUUGCUCCCCGUUCGACGGGCAACAGAGCGAAUCUCGUAUGAGGAACCCCCCGUCAUUCAAGAGAUUGAUUUACUGGCCGGGGAUGACCCGGAGGAUGGCGGCGAGGUUGAGAGAGAGGGUGGAGGUGUGGACGAUGCCACCGAAUCAACAGAGUUUAUUUCGGGGGAGGGUACGCCCGACAAGACGUGGCAGCCCGGCAUAAUGACUACCCAGGAAUCAACCCCCCACUAG